AUGUUUAAGAGAAGUUAUACUCAAUUUUUAUAUUUCUUGCUUUUUUAAAAGAAUUUCCUCUUCUUAGAAAUAAAACACUCGGCUUUGUUAAUUUUUAUUAGAUUUUUGCGAGGGUUUCUAUUGUUUGCUUUAAAAAGUACAAAUAUCAUUUAAAAUAUAAGUGUGUCAAGAGAAGUUCCAAAAAUUCUAUAAUUCUUGGAAUAUUUAAUUUAUGCAAAUAUUGGAUAGUGAAUUAUGGUGUCACAAGAGCAUAUUUGAUAUAUCUGCAGUAUUAGUAUUAACUAUUAGAAAUAUUAAGAUUAUAAGCUUUCAUAACAAAAACAGAUAUAACAAAGGCUUGAUGAGUUUUGAGGGUAUUUUUUUUAGUUUGCUGGAUUUUUGA